CGGGCAUCGGGUCACCAGGCAUCAGGUCAUUUGGCUCGACAGCGGGCACUGCGUCAUCUGGCAAGGCAGGGGGCCUCCCGAGUCAACAGGCACGACAGUGGGGCACCGGGUCAUCAGGUACCGGAUUGUCUGGCUCGACAGCAGGGCAUCGGGUCCACCAGGUAUGACAGCGGGCACUGGGUCACCAGGCAUCAGGUCAUUUGGCUUGCCAGCGGGCACCGCGUCAUCUGGCAAGGCAGUGGGCACCGGGUCACCAGCAUUGGAUCGUCUGGCUCGACAGCGGGCAUCGGGUUCACCAGGCAUCAGGUCAUUUGGCUCGCCAGCGGGCACCGCGUCAUCUGGCAAGGCAGUGGGCACCGAGUCACCAGGUACGGUACACAGCGGGCUCUGAGUCAAUUGGCACGACAGCGGGCACCCCGGAUCAGGUAACCGGAUCAUCAUCUGGAUCAACAGCGGGCAUCGAGUCAACUGGCCUAAUAGGAUCGUCAGGCUGGAUCAGUUCAUCAUGCUGGUAGAGGCAUCAGGCCGAGUAGAGGCAUCAGGCCGAGUAGAGGCAUCAGGCCGAGUAGAGGCUUCAGGCCGAGUAGUAGGCAU